GAUUUAUGCCUCCAUAAUCGAUGCGACGACUGAUGUGGCCAAGUCUCGCCGUGCUAGGCCUUCUUCCGGGUACAUCAUGGAGCCUUCCCUCGGUUAGUAAUACCGCCAUCGCCAAUGACCCCGAGGUGGCCAACUGGUGCAAAGGAUUUGAUGAAUUUGUCUUGAUGGCGGACUCGUCGAUUGCACUGGAAGCGCAAUCGAUUUCCCAGACCGUGGUCGGAGGCGGCUCUCGACUACUGCCUCACAUGGCAUUUAACAACACCGUGUUGGAAGACGAGUACAUGUUUUACCAAGUGUGUAUUGCACGGCACGAACACGAACACAUCGUGCAUGUGAACCUGACAUCCAUCAGUGGCGAUGCCAACAUGUACCUGGCCACAGACAACCCAGUUCCUCGACGAGGGCAGUCUUCGUGGAUUGCGCAACAUCCUGGAAACGACCACGUUGCGCUGCCGACGUAUCUGCCAGAAUUCCCCCGCGACGCCAAGCACAUGGCGCUGUACAUUGGGGUCUUUGGCUACGGACCCGGAACUUCCCAGUACAACCUGACAGUUUCCAUCCACGAUCUGCCUCAAAACUCGGAUAUCAAGUCGCGACAGGAAUAUUACGACCACGAGCGCGAUCAAUUGCUUCAAGAGAAGCAACGUCGCCACUUGAGGUCGGCAACGUAAUAUGUCAACAAUAUAUAAAACUAACUUUUGUACGGGA